CGCGCCGAGGCCCCGCCCACCUCCCGCCGGCCAGCCCGCACCUGCAGCGGAAGCCGGAAGCCAGGGCGGGCCCCGCUAGCCCCGCGGCCCUGAACUCGGUGGUCUCGGAGGCCGCGCAGGAUGGGGGAGAAGAUGGCGGAAGAGGAGCCCCUCAACACGACCCACGAGCUUCCCAAUGUCACCCUCCACACCACCCUGAUCGCCACCACGCGGCUGGUGCUCCCGACGCCUGCCAAGCCCAUCCUCCCUGUGCGGACGGGGGAGCAGGCCCAGCAGGAGGAGCAGUCCAGCGGCAUGACCAUCUUCUUCACCCUCCUGGUGCUGGCAAUCUGCAUCAUAUUGGUGCAUCUCCUGAUCCGGUACCGGCUACAUUUCCUGCCAGAGAGCGUGGCCGUGGUUUCUCUCGGUAUUCUCAUGGGGGCAGUUAUAAAAUUCAUAGAAUUUAAAAAACUGGCAAAUUGGAAGGAAGAAGAAAUGUUUCGUCCGAACAUGUUUUUCCUCCUGUUGCUUCCGCCUAUCAUAUUUGAGUCCGGCUACUCAUUGCACAAGGGUAACUUCUUCCAGAAUAUUGGGUCUAUCACCCUGUUUGCCGUUUUCGGGACAGCAAUUUCUGCUUUUGUAGUAGGUGGAGGAAUUUAUUUUCUGGGUCAGGCUGAUGUCAUCUCUAAGCUCAACAUGACAGACAGCUUUGCCUUCGGGUCCCUCAUCUCCGCCGUGGACCCAGUGGCCACCAUCGCCAUCUUCAACGCCCUGCACGUGGACCCCGUGCUCAACAUGCUGGUCUUCGGGGAGAGCAUCCUCAACGACGCCGUCUCCAUUGUCCUGACCAACACGGCCGAAGGCCUGACGAGGAAGAACACGUCCGACGUCAGCGGGUGGCAGACGUUCCUGCAGGCCCUCGGCUACUUCCUCAAGAUGUUCUUCGGCUCCGCUGCACUGGGCACCUUCACAGGCCUCAUCUCGGCGCUGGUCCUGAAGCACAUCGACCUCCGGAAGACGCCCUCGCUGGAGUUCGGCAUGAUGAUCAUCUUCGCCUACCUCCCCUACGGGCUGGCCGAGGGCAUCUCGCUCUCCGGCAUCAUGGCCAUCCUGUUCUCUGGCAUCGUGAUGUCCCACUACACGCACCACAACCUGUCCCCCGUCACCCAGAUCCUCAUGCAGCAGACGCUUCGCACCGUGGCCUUCCUGUGCGAAACAUGUGUGUUUGCAUUUCUUGGCCUGUCCAUUUUUAGUUUCCCUCACAAGUUUGAAAUUUCCUUUGUCAUCUGGUGCAUAGUGCUGGUGCUGUUCGGCCGAGCAGUGAACAUCUUCCCUCUCUCCUACCUGCUGAACUUCUUCCGUGACCACAAGAUCACGCCCAAGAUGAUGUUCAUCAUGUGGUUCAGCGGCCUGCGGGGCGCCAUCCCCUACGCGCUGAGCCUGCACCUGGACCUGGAGCCCAUGGAGAAGCGGCAGCUGGUCGGCACCACGACCAUCGUCAUCGUGCUCUUCACCAUCCUGCUGCUGGGCGGGGGCACCAUGCCGCUCAUCCGCCUGGUGGACAUCGAGGACGCCCGGGCACGGCGCCGCAGCCGGAAGGACGUGAACCUCAGCAAGACGGAGAAGAUGGGCAACACGGUGGAGUCGGAGCACCUGUCGGAGCUCACGGAGGAGGAGUACGAGGCCCACUACGUGCGGCGGCAGGACCUCAAGGGCUUCGUGUGGCUGGACGCCAAGUACCUGAACCCCUUCUUCACACGGCGCCUCACCCAGGAGGACCUGCACCACGGGCGCAUCCAAAUGAAGACCCUCACCAACAAGUGGUACGAGGAGGUGCGCCAGGGCCCCUCGGGCUCCGAGGACGAGGAGCAGGAGCUGCUGUGACGUGGACGCUGCCCGCUCGGGGCACCCGGGAGCCGCACCCCUGCCCCCCACGUGCACCUGCCCGCCCCGCGGGGGCGCCCCCACUGCCCUGCCCCGCCCUCCUGGGAGGCUGAAUGUUUACACGAGGGUCCGCCCUGCCCUCCAGCUGCCGAAACUGCCUCCCAGGUGCGAGGUGUGAGUGCGGCUGUGGGCGGCCCCAAGGCCCAGGGUGCAUGCGACCCUCGCUGCUGUCUGAACCCUCUUGAAAUCCGUGCACUUUGACGAUCGCCCUCGCCUGGCUGGCCCCACGGGGGUCUGGCCCUGGCGCCCUGUUCCUGGGGGCCCCUGAGGGCGCCCCCCGUCACUGCAAACGGGCCCCGCUCACCGCUGAGGUCCCCACAGAGCCUUGGGCAGGGACCCGGCUGUGCUGGCCUGGGCCUCACACACUGUCUACCCCAGGGCCAGCUGCACACCACACGGCACACUCCUUCACCCAUGGCUCCACACACACACACACACACACACGCACACACACACACACACACGCACGCAUGCACUCCCGGGCCCCAGCCUCAGGCCCCCUCAGGAAUCCUGUCCACAGGAAACAGUCGCUGGCUUCUGCGGCCCCUAGUGGGUCCCGUGCACCCCUGCACAGCCGUUGGCAGCCUCCAGCCCUGCAAACACGGCCCGGAUGGGGCACCAGCUGCCAGCCCAGACCGUCCCGUCCGCGUGCAGCUGAGGGUCCCCGCGGGCGGGAGGAAACUGGUACUUCCCGCUCUGGGGCCAGCUGGCGGCGCUGGAGGUGGACCCGGCCCCCGCGAGCCCCGCUCCGCGCCCCCGCCCCGCCCUGCAGUCUGAGCCGUCGGGACCUGCAGCCCUGCAGCGAGAGGGAGGCCUGGCGCCCGAGAACGCCUCUUUUCUUCCCGCAUGGUCAGAGAAGUGAUGAAAGCAGCCUGCCCUGGCGCUGCCCUUCCUGCCUUGCCGUGGGCCUCUGCUGCCCCCUGCUGGCCGAGUGAGGCGCUGACCGCCGGCCCAGCUGGAGCGCAGCGCUCUGCAGCACUGCUGCCCCCUGCUGGCCUAGUGAGGCGCUGACCACUGGCGGAGCAGGAGCGCAGCGCUCUGCAGCGCCCCCGUCUGUCCCCCCGUGGAACUGGAGAGCCCUGCCUGACUGUAGCUGGACUUGGGGAUGACUCUCACGUCGGGAGUCGUGGGCAUCGGGAAGAGAGCCGCGUCCCCGGUGUGGGGCCCCAGAGCCGAGCAGGAGAGCAUGAGCCGGGAGGCUGGGGCCGGGGGAAGGGGAGAAGCCCUUCCCCAGCAGGCCCUGGGACCUGCCACGUGCCUUCUGCAGCCCUGCCGUUGUGGGCCCCCGAGAACAGCAGGCCAGGAGCUGACCUUUCCGAGCCCCCACCCCUCCCCCGCCACCGCCACUCCCAGCGUGAUGUGAGGCCGGGCAGCCCGGGAGCCAGGGGCUGGCCAGACUCUCCCGAGUCCAUCAGGAGCUGGGCCGCCACCUUGUGGGUGUGACCCCCUCCUGGGAGCCGGCCCACCGGGGGCGAGUUCCGCCUUCAGACGCAGGGGAGCUGCGGGCGGGAGAGCCCCUGCCACCAGGCCCAGCCUUGCCCGAGGGCCGGGGUCUCUCCCGCAUGUGCACGUUCCCCGUCCCCCAGGCGUCCUGACCAGGGGCCCGGCCCCAGAGCCCAGGACAUGUCCCCGGGGAGAGGGUGUCCGAGCGAAGCGUCAGGCCUGCAGCUGGGUGAGGCGGUCAGGCGGUGCCCCUGCCCGCCCUGGUGAGGGCUGUGCCACUCUCUUGCCCAUCCCAGAGAGCAGACCCCCCCCAAGAUCCCGGGCCCGGCUGGAGGGCACCCAGAGGGCCGAGGCGAGGCUGUGUGCGCCCAGGUGCCCCUUCCAUCCCUGGCACCAGACUUCCUGGCCGGGGGUAGCCCGAGCGCCCCAGGGGUGGAGCUCCCCAGAAGGCCCACUUGCCCUGAGUGGACGGGCACAUGGGUGGCCAGCACUGGCCUCGAGGACCCAGGCGGGCUUCAGGGCUCGCCUAUUCCUGCAGAUGGGCCCUGCCGCACCUGUUCACGGCGGUGCCCGGCCUGAGUUCCGGCCUGGCCUGGCUCUUAGCCCCCCUUACUGCUCACUCUCGGGACCCUGGGAGGGUCUCGCCCACACUGCAAUCCUCCCGCUGGCUCCUGGGCGCUAACUGGCCGUUCCUCCGGGUGACGGGGGGGGGGGGGGCAGUCACUGCUGGGGACCUGCCUCACCCACUGCACGCCACAGCUCCGGAAAGGCUGAGAUGUGACUGGAAAUAAAAAUGCUGCUGAC